AUGGGUGUUGUUUGUUCAGGAAAUAAGAGAAAUGAAUAAUUACUGUAAGUAUUAUUGUAAAGAUUAGAUUACAUGUUGAUGUUUACAUAUGGAAAGAGAAGGAAAAGAAAUACCAUCUCUAUGAUUACUCAAGUCAUGAAUCCCAUUAUUAGUAAUUAUAGUUGAUUUAAGACACUAAAUUAUGCAAAUAUGGAGAAAAUAUAUUAGCUGUUCAACCCAAUGUAUCUAACAUUAAUUUAAUCAUAGUAAACAAUAGAAGGAGCAUAAGAGUUGUUUGUAAUUAAAGAAAAAGUCUUGAGACCCAUUACAGAGAUAUGGUCAAUAAUUAGGAAUGAUUAAGUAAAUGGAGUUCCUGUGACGAAUGUAUAUAUAAAUUUGUAUGAAAGAGAGUUUAACUAUUUCCUGGAUAAACCAUAAGACUAGGAAGAGUUAAAAUCAUAUUAUGGGAAGCUUGUUUUAAUUAGGCUAUGGCAACAGAGGAAAGUGAAAAAGAUAAGGAUGAAGAUGCUAAUGGAUUAGAUGAUAGUGAGAACAGCAAUGCCGAAAAUUCAUGUCGAAUAUGUAUGAGUAAAGUAGGAACUAUUUAAAAUCCAUUGAUAAAUCCGUGCCUAUGUAACGAGUAUAACCUAAAUAUAUUGCAGGUUCUGGAUCUGUCAAAUACAUACACAUUAAAUGUCUUUAAUAGUGGAUACACAAUAAAUUCAAAAUUAGAGAACUCAAUAAUAUUGUACUUUAUUUUUGGUCCAAUCUAAUUUGUGAGAUAUGUAAAGAAUAAUAUAAAUGUAAAUCAUUAUAUUAAUACAUACAUUAGUGGAAUAUAAGUUUAAAAAUAGAAAAUAUCAUUUAAUUGAUAUUCCUAGACCAAAAGAAGCAUAUUUUAUAUUUUGGAUUAGUCAUAUUGAUAAAAAUAAAGAGAAAGGAUUAUAUGUGAUCAAUUUAAAUGGAAGAAGCAAUAUUAAGAUUGGUAGAGUAUAAGAGAAUGAUAUUAAAUUGCAAGAUAUUAGUGUAUCUAGAAAUCAUGCACUCAUAACAUUUAAUAGAGAAGAUGAAUCAAUCUAUUUAGAAGAUUUAGGUAGUAAAUUUGGAACACUUUUAUAAAUUGAUCAAUUAAAAUUAGACAGUAAAUCAAUCAUUUAAGUUGCAAAUUCUGUGUUUAUUUUUGAUUAUUUAAAAAAGAAUUAAAAACAUUAUGAAUUACCUAGUUUCUACAAAGUAAUCGAAAAGGAAACACUAUAGCAACCAUAAGUAAGGAGAUGAAAAUUUAAUUAAUUUAGGAUUGUGUGGAAGAUGAUGUAUUAGUCAAUGUGGAUAAUAACUAGUAUUUAAGUGGAGAUAAUGAAGCACCUUGAU